CUCUCUCUCAAACAGACAACACACCCACCCCAACCUGCCUCGGCUUGAUCCUUUCCCGGCGCAUCCUGCCCUUACUCCUUACAGUAUUGAUCGGCACUUUUCAGCAAGCCUUCGGUACCCUUGGCUUGGGUCUCGACUUCGUGUUCACUGACACUUUAUCGACAUCUACUCCGGAGCCUCAAGCGACCUAGAACCCUCGCUUCCAGCACGUUGCUCCCACGCGAAACGAAAUCCGAGUUCCAAUCGGUCCACGUUACGGAGAGGCACCUCCCGCGAACAAAACCCGCCGGAUCGCCCAGCGACCUCUCUUCUCCCGUACAAAGCCUCAUGCAGUAGCUCUGAGCGACUGUCUUAUACAAUGCUCUCCCUGGAGCACUGCCAUCGCCAACAGUUCCUCGAGCAGAUGUACGAACUUGAGCAGAACAUACAAGCACCAUUUCCAGGUUUGACCAUGGAUUCAUAUGACCCAAUGUCCAACUUUCACCCACUACCAUACUCAUAUCUGGAGAACCCGUCCAUGUUCGCGCCUGCGCCCAUGCCUUCAAUGAAGCAAGACAUUCAACAAUUCCAUGAGCUGCCACCAGCUCUGAUCUCGUCUGGGUCCGUCCCAUCGAUCCCGAGUGCCUCAUCAUCCACGGUCGGGUCACCAUACUCCGGGCCUUCUCACACCAUGUCCACCCAGGAUGGCUUCGAACACAACGGUGCCCCGUAUGGGCUUGGUAUGAUGCCGACCAUUGUGAACAAUGAUGCCUUCUCACACGACUUGAUGGGAUCUUGUAUGGACUCGGAACUGUCCUUGGACAAAAUCUCGGAUAAUUAUGUGGAUCCAUCGUUGAUUCACGCAUCGCAAUCGUAUGGCGAAUCAGCAUUUUCCGAUCAAGGACUGUUCCCUGCCAUCAUGCACUCUUACUCCAACACAUCCCCGUCCGGCUCUCCAGCUGCCUCUCCUCAACCAUAUGGCGUCUUUGCCACUGCUCACUUCUCCGAACCACUCACAAACACCAACUACUUCCACCAACAAGAAAACUUGCUCAGCCGAAGACCUUCCCUAAUCUCGUACGAGUCUGCCAUCUCUCAGCCCAGCCCAACCUCGGAUUCUGGGGAAGACGGCAGAGAGAAAGGUCGCUGCCCGCAUCCUGAGUGCGGCAGGGUCUUCAAAGACCUCAAGGCUCACAUGUUGACGCAUCAAGCCGAGCGGCCUGAGAAAUGCCCGAUUGUGACUUGCGAGUAUAACCAAAAAGGAUUUGCACGCAAGUACGACAAAAACCGACACACCCUGACCCAUUACAAGGGUACCAUGGUGUGCGGCUUCUGCCCAGGAUCCGGCUCCCCGGCCGAGAAGAGCUUCAACCGGGCCGACGUUUUCAAGCGACACUUGACCUCUGUUCAUGGAGUCGAACAGACUGCCCCAAACAGCCGAAAGCGCAGCCCAACUGCUAAUACCAGAAAACUGUCCAGCUACUGCCAAGAUGCCACCGGCAAGUGCUCGACUUGCUCCGCGACCUUCAACAAUGCUCAAGACUUUUAUGAGCAUCUUGACGACUGUGUCUUGCGCGUGGUCCAACAAGAAGAACCUAGUGAAGCCAUCAAUGCGCAACAUCUAUCGAGCGUGACCAUGGACGAUGAUGUGCAAGAGACCUUGGACCGUCAUCUAAUCAAGACCGAGGAUGCGCCAACCAGCUUUGAUGACUAUGAGGAAGAUGAUGAUGACGACGAUGAGGACGAGGACGAGGAAGAUGACGAAGAUGAUGACCCCUCGUUCAACAGCAGAUCUGGAAAGGGCAUGAUCAGGACUAAGGUGCCAGCCUCAGCACGUGCUAUUAUUGGUGGUGGCAUUUCGAAAAAUACCAAACCCUCGAAGAAGAGCAUGACUUGGUCCAAAGGUGGCGUCGCGCUUGUUGGCAAAGGUCGCAAGAAGAGAAAGCACUACCCACCGUCCUGGGGUAUGUCUGCUGACAAGAUGCGCAUGAAGAAGAGAGUCAUGUGCGUGUACGAUGGCGAACGUCGACUUUGGAAAGACGACAUGAUGCUGCACAACGAAUUCGAGGUCCGCAUGACCUUGCCGGACGGCAAGAACUACGUGACCGAUCUGGAUGUGGAAACCCUCAAGCGCGCCGAGGCCUUUCACAAUGCAACGCAGGAGGAGAAAGGCACUUGGAUGCCUUUGGGUGAGGAUGAUGGUCAAGGCUUCGACUUGAAUGCCUUGAUGGCUUGAUUGAGUUGUCGAUUUCUUCGGUGCGUUCUAGCG